UAUAAACGCUAUUUCGUUGGAUAAUCUAACUACAAUUUAUAUGGUUUCAGGCUCUAUGUUUACGAGGUUUCUCAACCGGGAAACAUUUGCAAUUCGGAUUGUGUAUAGUUGGUGACAAAAAAAAAUUAUACGUAGUUGUUCAAAAUUACUUUUAUAAAUUUAUUAAUAACAAUGGUGAUGGAAGAACAACAAUCUGAUAUAGAACUAGAUUCAGAAAGAAUUCCUGUACCACAAGUGCAAAAAUCAAUAGAAGAUUCGCAUUUAAAAACAGUUAAUAAGAUUACAAACAUUUCCAGAGGAAAACCUAGACUUAGAAAAAAGGCAUUGCACGCUGCCAUACUCAAACAAAUGGAAUUUUAUUUCAGUGAUGCAAAUCUAAGUAAAGAUAGAUUUUUGAGUAACUUACUUAAGGAGGAUCCAUAUAUUGAUUUGAAUGUUUUUCUAAGUUUUAAUAGAAUAAAAGAAUUAACUACUGAUUCAAACAGAAUAGCUAAAGCCGUAGAAACAUCUAAAAUGUUAUCUUUAUCUGAAGAUGGAACAAAGAUUCGACGUAUAACACCAAUAAUAUCAAGAGAAAAUAUAGAUGAAUGUACAGUUUACGUACAAAAUUUACCUCCAGAUUCAGAUCAUGAAACUUUAAGUUCAAUAUUUUCUCAGUAUGGUCAAGUUGUAUAUAUUUCUAUUCCACGAUUUAAAAAUAAUAAAAAGAUAAAAGGUUUUGCAUUUGUAGAAUUUGAUAUACCUCAAAGUGCUAAAAAAUGUUUGAAGGCAUUUGAAAAAAAAGGUUGUCUCUUACCAUCUCAUACAGCUCCUGAUGAACUUCUAAGUAUUACUACAUUUGAUGAUACAGAAAAAAAAAUAAAAUCAAAUCAAACAAAGUUAUAUGAAAAAAAUGAAUGCAUUGAAAAUGCUAUUGAUAAUGAAAAACUACAAGAUAUUGAAAUGGAUAAAAAUAUUAAAAAACAGGAAAAUAUAAAUACUAAUGAUAUUUUAGAAAAUCAUGAAAACAACAAUAAAAAAAAAGCAAAAAAAAGAAAACAUACGAAUACUGAUACUGGACAAUCAAUUGAAAAAGAAAAACAAAUAAAUAAUGAAUUGAUAAAAAAUAAAAAGAAAAAGCCUAAAUAUUCUAAUGAUGUAUACAACAAAGAAAUGGAAUUAAAUGAUCAAAAACAAAAUAAUGCUUUUUUAGAAGAUACAUUAAAUGAUGGAAAACAAAAUGAUGCUCCUUUUGAAGACAUAUCAAAUAAUGAAAAACAAAGUGAUGUUUUUUUAGAAGAUUUACCAAAAAAAUUAAAUAAAUUUAAAAACGUAUCUACAAUUGAAAAACAAAUAUUAGACAAUUGUGAUGAAAAUGAACAAAUGGUAAUUGAUGAAAGUAUUAAUGCAAAUAUUGAAGAAAAUGAAAAUGAAAAGAAGAAAAAAAGGAAAAAACGAAAAAAGCGAAAUAAAAUGGAAGAUUUUAGUUAUAGCAUAGGAUUACAAGUGAUGGCUAAAAAAAAUUGGAAAUAUCUUAGGAAUAAAUAUUUAGAAUUACAGAGAAGUAAAAUGAAGCAGCUUAAACAACAUUUAAGAAAAACAAGAUAUCAAUGGUCAAAUUAUGAAAAAAAUAAAUCUGAAAGAGAAGAAAAUGAUGAAAAAGACAAAGGGAAUAAACCAAAUAUAACUGCAUGUCGUUUCUCGUUUAUACCAGGAGUUAUAGUCAAAAUUGAAAUGGAUAAACCAUGUACAGAUUCAAAAAGUUUAAAGAUGGAAUUAAAAAAUAAUAAUUCUAUAAAAUAUAUAGAUGUUGAAGAUGGUUCUUGUCUUAUUUAUGUAAGAUGUGAAACAGCUGAAGCUGCACAGACAUUUACACAAAAAUUUGAUGAAGAGAAACAUAUAACAAUAUUAGAAGGUGAUGAAGAAAAAAUGUAUUGGGAUAAAAUCUUGCACGACAGAGAAGAAAAAUUGAGUAAAAAAGUUAAAAUUAAACAAAGAGGAAGAAAUAAAUUGCUAAAAAAAGCAGAAAAAGAACUUGGGAAGCAUAUCAAAUUUGAUGAAGUAUAAGUUUAAAAAAUACUUUUUUCUGUUAAUUAUAUUUAGUAAUGUAUAUAACAUGUAUGAUUUAUUAUUAUUACAUAUGAAAAUAGAAAUGAUAAAUAAUAUUUAACAAAGUAUUGGUGUAAAUAAAUCAUAUAUUGUA